UGCCAGGCGGGCGGUGGCAGAUUGCGUGAUCGGGGAUUGAUUGCCGUCAUUCGCCGGGAGUUGCGUGGAGGGCGAUCUGGAGGGGUCUCGUUCCCUUAUAGACUCAAGGUACUUAACCUUCCUGCUCCUCAGUCUCUUUGUUUCUCUUCGACCAUCUCCAUCUCCCUCCCCUACUCUAUCCUCGCUUCAUCCCCUCCCUACUUUCCCACAAUGGCUCAGGAACGUGCUCCCCUUCGUCUCGGCUCCACUGCCCCUGACUUCCAGACCGACUCCUCUAACGGUCCUAUCUCCUUCCACGAGUUCAUUGGCGACAAAUGGACCAUCCUUUUCUCCCACCCCGAUGACUUCACCCCCAUCUGCACCACCGAGCUGGGUGCUUUCGCCAAGCUCGAGCCCGAGUUCACUGCUCGUGGCGUCAAGCUGAUCGGUCUGAGCGCCAACGGCACCGAGUCUCACCACGCCUGGAUCAAGGACAUCGACGAGGUCAACGGCUCCAAGCUUACCUUCCCCAUCAUCUCCGACCCUGACCGCAAGAUCGCCUACCUGUACGACAUGGUCGACUACCAGGACACCACCAACGUCGACUCCAAGGGCCUGGCUUUGACCAUCCGCUCCGUCUUCAUCAUCGACCCCAACAAGAAGAUCCGUCUGAUCAUGUCCUACCCCGCCUCGACCGGCCGUAACACCGCGGAGGUGCUGCGUGUUGUCGACGCUCUCCAGACCACCGACAAGCACGGCGUCACCUGCCCCAUCAACUGGCUGCCCGGUGACGACGUCGUCAUCCCUCCCCCCGUCUCCACCGAGGACGCUCAGAAGAAGUUCGGCGAGGUCCGCACCGUCAAGCCUUACCUGCGCUUCACCAACCUUAAGAAGGAGUAAAUUAUGACCGUGUCUUGCUGACUCUCCAAAUCUGCGGCGAUGUGUUUUGAGGGGGGAAAUCCAACUUGCGAGCACAGAAUGAACGCGGGAGAUGUAGGGGAGAAAACAGGAGGCAUGAAGGUUAUGGAUAUGAAUUUUCUAGUACAUUGAUACCUCUUGACGAAUACCAAUCGCAUCAAAGAAAAAACGGAAAAGGGAAAAGACAAAGAAGCAGUGAUCUACAGUCGACCAAUGCCUUGUAGAGCAAUAAUGCAGACGCAGCUGCAGGAACUGCGACAGGCGGGCAUCGAACACGAUUUGUGGCGUAGAAGACAAUGUACGGGCGAUGUCAUCCUGCAUGCGAAGGGGUU